CCUCAUCACACCCAGCAGGAAAUGGAGAGCUGUGGCGGCGGCGGAGGAGGACGGUGGCGGUUCCACGCCUUCAUUUCACCCCUUUCCUGCACUUGAAACGGCUGUUGCGUUUCCACGACACGUUUGAAACUCGACGAAGAGGAAUCGGGCGUAGACAGAGCGAGUUAAGUUUACGUCCCCGUUUAUCGGAGCCCUUCCGCUCCACUGCUGAGCCUGACGUGGAGGACGCAUGAUCAUGGUCAUGAUGGAGUCGGAGGGAGAACGGAGCGCCGUUUCCCGUCUUUAAUCGUGACUUUCGCUCGUCCUUUCUUUCUACCGACCCCUCAUGCGGUUGCUGUCGGGCGCGAGGCCCGACGCCGAGCCCGCUGCCCGCGCCGCCAACUUGUGAGCCCCGGCGGAAAAAAAUAAAACCCCGAAGGAAGGAAAAACAAAAAAAAAAAAAAAAUACUUGACUUGGCGGCCCAUGGGGCUCUUCCAGAAGACCUCGUUCACCACGCUCGUGGUCGGCGUGUUCGUCGUGUACGUGCUGCACACCUGCUGGGUCAUGUACGGCAUCGUGUACACGAAGCCGUGCCAGCGGCCUCGCCGAGACGCCGGCGGCGGCUGCAUCAGCCCGUACCUGGCGGAGAAGCCGCGUCUGCAGCUGAGCAUCUACACGUCCGUGAAGCCGAACGCUAAUGGCGGACACAGCCUCGUGUUCAAGGUGGACGACUUCGACGUUCACUCCAGGUUUGAGAGGACAGUCAACGUGUCCCUGCCGAAGAAGACCCGAAACAACGGCACGCUCUACACGAUGGUGUUUGUGCACCAGGCAGGUGUGUCUCCCUGGCAGGACAGCCGACAGGUGCACCACGUGGCCCAGCUGACCACCUACAUGCUCCCGAAACCCCCCGAGGUCAGCCUCAUCUCUGGGGAGGAGGAGGUGCGGCCGGAGCAGCAGAAGCGUGUUGGUGACAGAGCAUCAGACAAGCCCGUUUCACACUGGCGCUCACGUCUUACCCUCAACGUAGUGUCGGAAGACUUCACGUUCGACCGGGAGGCCCUGCCCAGCGACGUGCACCGCUACCUCAGAGUGUUCCAGAAUGGAAAGAAGAUGAUGUAUCUUCCACUCUUAUUCAUUGAUGAGCUUAGCAAUCGAGUGAAGGACUUAAUGGAAAUCAACAGUAGCACUACAGAACUUCCCCUUACCAUAUCGUACGACACGAUCUCACUAGGAAAGCUUCGCUUCUGGAUUCACAUGCAGGAUGCAGUCUACUCCCUACAACAGUUUGGCUUCACUGAAAAAGAUGCAGAUGAAAUCAAGGGCAUUUUUGUGGACACCAACCUGUACUUUUUGGCAUUGACAUUCUUUGUGGCUGCUUUCCAUCUUCUUUUUGAUUUUCUUGCUUUCAAAAAUGACAUCAGCUUUUGGAAGAAGAAGAAAAGUAUGGUGGGCAUGUCAAGCAAAGCAGUUCUCUGGAGGUGUUUCAGCACCAUUGUGAUUUUUCUCUAUCUGCUUGAUGAACAAACCAGCUUGCUUGUCCUUAUCCCUGCUGGAAUAGGCUCUGUAAUUGAGGUUUGGAAGGUGAAGAAGGCAUUUAAGAUACAAAUGCUGUGGAAUGGCAUGAAGCCCUCAUUUCUGUUUGGAAAAUUGGACGAAUCAGAAAAGAGGACAGAAGAAUAUGAUACUCAGGCAAUGAAAUACCUGUCCUAUUUGCUGUAUCCUUUGUGUAUUGGAGGAGCUGCCUAUGCCUUGAUUUAUGUCAAAUACAAAAGUUGGUACUCCUGGUUGAUCAACAGUUUUGUCAACGGGGUUUAUGCUUUUGGAUUCCUCUUCAUGCUUCCUCAACUUUUUGUUAAUUACAAGUUGAAAUCUGUGGCUCAUCUACCUUGGAAGGCAUUUAUGUACAAGGCCUUCAAUACCUUCAUCGAUGAUGUUUUUGCCUUUAUCAUCACUAUGCCCACCUCCCACCGCCUGGCCUGCUUCAGGGACGACGUAGUUUUCCUCAUCUACUUGUAUCAAAGAUGGCUUUACCCUGUAGACAGAAGUAGAGUCAACGAAUAUGGAGUAUCGUACGAUGAGAAGCCUACAGCAAAGGACCACAAAGACUAAACAGAGGGAGCAAAUGGUGCAAAAAUACAAAAGGUUCUUUUUUUUAAAGGGGUCUGGAGGUCAUCUUCAGAUAUGGAUACCAAUACAACCACUUGCAUCAAAGAGAAUGUGGGGGCACAUGUAUUAGUGAGUCUGGUUAGAAGAAAAAAAAAAAAAAAAAAGCUCUCUGGUUAGAGCUCUCCAUCACCCCACCCCAUACUUCAGUGUAUGCUUGGGUCCGUGAGCCCACCGUCAGCUCAGUAUCACUUUGUUCAGAACUGACUGGCUGCAGAACGCUCGUUUCUGUAACUUCUACAAGCAUGAAUCAGUCUAUGGCUGCACUUGCUCCUUCCUUUCUUGCUACGUAGGGCGCUCCCCAGCUGCCCAAUCUGCUGACCUUUCACUCGCUUCUGCAAAUGCAAAGGUUACAUGUUCUUGGGCACAGUUCAGGGGAUACAUUCCCUGCCCAUUUCUGCACUUGGAUGUUGACUAUUGUGAAAAGGAAAUGUGCCAAACCCAUACUAAGAUCUUUUUGUUGAGAGAAAUCAAAAAGCCAUGUAUUUCCUGUUAGUGUUUCUGAAUGCCUAUUAAUGAUGCUCAUUCAUCCAGUUACAUACCACUGAUUAUUUCCAAUCAUGUCAGCAAUUCUGGUGGCUGUUCUAAUUCUUUGAUACUGUAAAGGUAUCAAUAUGGCAAGAUUUCUGUAAGGAAGAUGGUGUUCACUGACAUCUUACGGACCAGUCUACUGAAAAUUCCAAUUGUUUGUAAUUCAUUAACU